AUAGCCCACGCCCACUCCGCAGAUCUCAACUAAAACACGCGGCGGAUUGCCAGCGAUGUCAGUCAGUCUUCAUCUGAAGUCGAGGCGUGAUGCAUCAAUUUUAACUUGAGUACAAUCCUGUAAACGAAGAAGUUCAAACGUUCAUCUUGAUAACUAUGUGUAGUGAUCUGGAUUUCAUUUGAGGAUUCUUGCGUUGAGGGAUACGUGUAACCUUGAGUGACAAAGCUUUCAAUUUUACCAGACAAGCGCGUCAAAGAGAGACUGUCGCCUGCGACAGCUGAUGACCCAGCCAGUGUGGUGUUCACCAGUCUUGGCGUUGUAGCCACCACAUGUAUUCCUUUCUAUUUCAGUUCUUGGAUAAUGUUUUCUUUGUUCACGGUGUCGGUUUUAAUGUUGUGUAUGUAAGCGGAUAAAGUUCUUUAUUUUAAGUGGAUUUUGUCACUACGCCUUCGGUCUACACAAAACACAGGAAAACACCAUGGCGUUGCGUGAAAACAACAAAUUAACUUAUGACUUGGAUACGGCUAUGGCAGCACAUUGUUUACUAGCCAUGUCUAAUCGCCAGAACGACCACACUUAUGUUCUGACUUGUGAUCCACCCGGGGUUGGUGAAAACUUUGAUUGUCGUCCAAAUGGCGAUGAGUUAGCUUGUAAACAAGAAGUCAAAUCUGAGUCUGAAGGAGAAAACAAAGAGCAAGAUUGCAAGUAUUCCCCAGCCCCAAGCACUGACUAUUCUCCUUCUCCCGGGGAAAAUUUAAGCGAAACGCUAGUCGCCAGAAUAUUGACAGACCUGAAAUCCUUCAAACAAGACAAUGAUUAUCAUGAAGAAUUCAGUAUUACUGUGAGAUCUAUGGGUAGAGACAAUACAGUGAAUGAGUACGAAAUCAAAUCUACUCCGAAAAGCAGACAGACCACGCCUACUCUCAAUCAGACUCGUUCGGCCAUGGAAGGUGCUUCUGGAAGGGCGAGCAGUAGCAUUCAUGGGAAAAAAACUCACUCGUGUCCCUAUCCAGCCUGUGGUAAAUCUUACAACAAAAGUUCACAUUUGAAGUCCCAUAUCAGGACGCACACCGGCGAAAGGCCGUUUGAGUGCGACUGGUUGGGCUGUGGGAAACGAUUCGCCAGAUCUGAUGAGCUCACACGACACAAGCGGACACACACAGGCGAGAAGACGUUCCAGUGCCCCCUGUGUGAUAAACGUUUCAUGCGCAGCGAUCACAAGAUCAAACAUGCCAAACGGCACGCCCUGUUCCACCCGAGCAUGCUAGAGACAAAUACUCGCCAUGUCGCCCGCAGUGUCAUCCCUCCACCCCAGCAACAGCAGCCUUGUGACUUCCAGUACGUGCCGGACUGCGACAUGGGCAGCGACGGUGCCGCGUCUUUCCGCUCAAACAACACAAGUCCAGCCGCACAGCCUUAGGCCUGGUGGAAGGGGGGGGGGUUGCGUCUGUUCACCCAGCGGAAGCCAGACAUAACGAUGGUGACAACUAUGUUACUAUGAUGAUGAUGCUGAGGACGUUGUGGCUGCAGACAAAUCAGCUGUUAUAUUUCGUUUGGUGUUCCUGUUCCACUAUAGUUUCAUGUCGGUACUUACCUUCUUGUUUUGCUCCAGACACUGAUUUUUUCUACCCUGUAUAGGGAUCCUUGUCCUGAAACUCUGAUGUAACGAUAUUCCCAGGCAUAUAUGUGAUCGGUUGCUCUACAAUCGUUUUUUUUUAGAGCAGUCUGUCUGCUUAGGGAUUUCAUUUGGUAAAAAAGUGUCUUGGAGGAUUACAGCAUUCGCACAAAUUGGUCUUUGGUGGAAAGAAUUCUCUUGACCAAGUAUUUGUUGCAUUUGAAAUUGAGUAUUUGUUGCAUUUGCAAAUUCUGUAGCGAGUGUAUUUUUUUGUUCUUACACUGUGCUGUGUGCUUUUGUGAGAGGGAUGCUGUGAUGGCAGAGAAAACUCUUGAGAAAAA